AUGUCGAAUAAACAAGAUGGAAUUCUUCUUCUUUUCGAUCGACCAGCAGAGCCAGUUUACGUUGGUAAAGGUGAUAGAAAUAUUUCCUUCAAUGUACCCUCUGCUUAUCUGCCAGAUAAAUAUCAACCCUUGGCAACAGAUAUAUUAAAUCGUUUUAAUGGAGAAAGUGAUGAAAGAAUAGAGGUCAAACAAAUAACUCUGCCAGAUUUAACAAUACCCUUAAAACUUGGUAGACGUGAUCAAUUUUCACUUUUUAUUCCAUCUCAUCGUAAAAUUGCUGGACGUUUAAUUGACAUAUUUCUUGGUAUGAGAACGUAUGAUGAUUUUUUAUCAGUUGCUGUUUAUUGUCGUGAUCGUCUCAAUCCAAAUAUGUUCAUAUAUUGUCUGUCAGUUGCAAUUCUUCAUCGUCCAGAUACCAAGGAUCUUCCAGUACCUCCUUUGUCUGAGGUAUUUCCUGACAAGUAUAUGGACGGUGCAAUAUUUUCAAGAGCCAAAGAAGAAGCAAAUGUUGUUGCAAUUGGUUCUCGGGAACCAAUUGAAAUUCCUCGUGACUAUACUGCAUCAGAUCGUGAUGAAGAGCAUAGAAUUGCAUACUGGCGUGAAGAUGUUGGAAUUAAUUUACAUCAUUGGCAUUGGCAUUUGGUAUAUCCAUUUGAGGGAACACCAACAAUUGUCAAUAAAGAUCGACGUGGUGAAUUAUUUUAUUUCAUGCAUCAACAAUUAAUGGCUAGAUACAAUGUUGAACGUUUGUGCAAUCGACUUGGUUUAGUUCAACGACUUACAAACUUACGUGAACCAAUACCUGAGGGCUAUUUUCCAAAAUUAAAUUCAUUGGUAGCAAGUAGAGGCUAUCCAUCACGUUCAUCUGGCUCUGUAUUGCGUGAUAUCAAUCGAGAUGUUGAUGAUUUAAGAUUUGAUCUUGAUGAUUUAAUUAGAUGGAGAGAUACAAUAAAUACUGCAAUACAAUCAGGAGCUGUUGUUAAUACACGAGGUGAAAGAAUAUUACUAACUGAAAAAGAAGGAAUUGAUAUACUUGGUAAUAUGAUUGAAGCAAGUACACUAUCACCAAAUCCAAAUGUUUAUGGUGAUUUGCAUAAUCUUGGACACGUUGCAAUAUCAUAUAUUCAUGAUCCUGAUCAUCGUUAUUUGGAAUCAUUUGGUGUUAUGGGUGACUCAGCAACAGCCAUGAGAGAUCCAAUUUUUUACAGAUGGCAUGCAUUUAUCAAUGACAUAUUUAUGAAGCAUAAAAAUCUUUUACCUUCUUAUGGACCACAACAGCUACAAUUUCCUGGAGUAGAAAUUUCUACUAUUCAAUUGGUUACACCAAAUCAAAGCGCUAAUUAUUUGACGACAUUUUGGAACAAGAGUGAUAUUGAUUUAUCAAGGGGUCUUGAUUUUAGUCCACGAGGAACAUUAUUAGCUAGAUUUACACAUUUAAAUCAUGCACCAUUUAAUUAUAGAAUAAAUGUUAAUAAUCUCAACAGAACUACAUUACAAGGAACAUGUAGAAUUUUCAUUGGACCAAAAGUUGAUGAACGUGGUUUACCAUUUGCUUUUGGUGCUCAAAAAAAUCUCAUGAUAGAAAUGGAUAAAUUCACUGUGACAAUUAAACCAGGAAGCAAUGUUAUUACAAGAAAGUCAAGUGAUUCAUCAGUGACAAUUCCAUUUGAAAGAACUUUUCGUAAUUUGGAUGCAGGUCGACCUGCUGAUGGAUCUGGUCUUGAAAAUUUUAAUUUCUGUGGUUGUGGAUGGCCUCAACAUAUGCUGGUACCAAAAGGAAGUAAAGAAGGAUAUCCAAUGAUAUUGUUUGUCAUGAUUUCGGACUUUAGAAAUGAUCUUGUUCAACAAGCAUCACCAGUUGGUUGUACUGAUGCUGUUACAUUUUGUGGUUUGAGAGAUAGAAAAUAUCCUGAUGCACGUAGCAUGGGUUUUCCAUUUGAUAGACGACCACAAGAUGGAAUAACAAGACUUGAACAAUUUAUAACUCCAAAUAUGAAAGCAGUUGAUAUUAACAUAAGAUUUAAUGAUACUGUUUUAGCAAAACCACGAGUUGACAAUACAUCAAGUGUAUUGACAUUUAUGACAACUAUUAAAAAAGAUAUUCUUCUUUUGUAUGAUAGACCAUGUGAGCCAGUCUAUGUGCCAAAAGGAGAUCAAAAUCUUUCUUUCAAUGUACCAAGUACAUAUCUGCCAGAUAGAUAUCAACCAAUGGCAGUUGAUAUAUUCAAUCGUUUUAAUGGCGAGAAUGAUAAUAAAAUAAAUAUCAAACAAAUUAAUUUGCCUGAUCUUAGAAUUCCCAUGAGACUUGGUAGACGUGAUAAUUUUUCUCUUUUUAUUCCAUUUCAUCGUAAAAUUGCUGGACGUUUAAUUGACAUAUUUGUUGGAAUGAAAACGUAUGAUGAUUUUUUGUCAGUUGCUGCUUACUCACGUGAUCGUCUCAAUCCCAACAUGUUUAUCUAUUGCCUGUCUGUUGCAAUUCUUCAUCGACCAGAUACCAAAAAUUUAACAAUACCAUCUUUGUGUGAGGUAUUUCCUGACAAGUAUCUAGAUGGUGCAAUAUUUUCAAGAGCUCGAGAAGAAGCUAAUCUUAUUCCAGCUGGUUCACGGGAACCAAUUGAAAUACCUCUCAACUAUACAGCUUCAGAUCGUGAUACUGAACAUCGUGUUGCUUAUUUCCGUGAAGAUAUUGGAGUUAAUUUGCAUCAUUGGCAUUGGCAUUUGGUUUAUCCAUUUGAAGCUUCAACAACUAUUGUCAACAAAGAUCGACGUGGUGAAUUAUUUUAUUUCAUGCAUCAACAAUUAAUGGCUAGAUACAACGUUGAACGUUUGUGUAAUCGUCUUGCAGUAGCUGAAAGAUUGGUAAAUUUACGUGAACAAAUACCCCAAGGUUAUUUUCCAAAGUUAGAUUCAUUGGUGGCAAGCAGACAAUUUCCAUCACGUCCACCUGGUUUAUAUUUACGUGAUAUUAAUAGAGAAGCUGAUAAUUUACAACUUAAUCUUUCUGAUAUGGAUACAUGGAGAGACAGAAUAUUUUCUUCUAUACAACAUGGUUUUGUUACAAAUUCACAAAAUCAACAAAUACCACUUACUGAAAAAGAUGGCAUUGAUAUACUGGGUAAUAUUAUUGAAGCAAGUACCAUUUCAAUUAAUCCAACUUAUUAUGGUGAUUUACAUAAUCUUGGACAUGUUGCUAUUGCUUAUCUUCAUGAUCCUGAUCAUCGUUAUUUGGAAUCAUUUGGUGUGAUGGGUGACUCAGCAACUGCCAUGAGAGAUCCACUUUUUUACAGAUGGCAUGCUUUUAUCAAUGACAUAUUUAUGGAACAUAAAAAUCUUUUACCUCCAUAUAAACCAGAACAACUUAAUUUCCGAGGUGUAGAAAUGGUUAAUGUACAAAUUGUUACUGCAAAUCAAGCUGUUAAUAAUUUAGUAACAUUUUGGAAUAAAAGUGAUGUUGAUCUUUCAAGAGGUCUUGAUUUUGCUCCUCGUGGACCAUUACUUGCAAGAUUUACACAUUUAAAUCAUGCACCAUUUAGUUAUAGAAUUCAAGUUAAUAAUCGAAACAGAACACCAUUAUUGGGAACAUGUAGAAUUUUCAUUGGACCUAAAUUUGAUGAAAAUGGUUUACCAUAUACAUUCCGUGCACAAAAAAGUCUUAUGAUUGAAAUGGAUAAAUUUACAGUGACACUCAAAAAUGGAAUAAAUGUCAUUGAAAGACAAUCAAAUGAUUCAUCAGUAACAAUUCCAUUUGAAAGAACUUUCCGUAAUUUAGAUAAAAAACGACCAACUGGAGGUUCUACUCUUGAAGAUUUUAAUUUUUGUGGAUGUGGAUGGCCUCAACAUAUGCUUGUACCAAGAGGAAAUACUGAUGGAUAUCCAAUGACAGUAUUUAUCAUGAUAUCUGAUUUUAGAAAUGAUGCAGUUGCACAAGCAUCACCAGUUGGAUGUGCUGAUGCUGUUAGCUAUUGUGGUUUACGAGAUAGAAAAUAUCCUGAUGCUCAAAGUAUGGGCUUUCCAUUUGAUCGUCCACCACCAAGAGGAGUUUUACAAAUUGGACAAUUUUUAACACCUAACAUGGCUGCAAUUGAUGUUGUCAUUAGAUUUACAAAUACUGUUGUUCCAAAACCACGUUCUAAAACAUCUGGCAAUGUCAUUAGUCUUACUUGAAUA